CCGCGGUGCGGUGGAGCGGGGGCCCGGCGCAGGUGGAGCCUGCGGGGGGCGGCCGCGGCACCGAAGGGCCCCGCGGGGAGCGUCGAGCCGCUGGCCCGAGGAAGCGACCCCCGGGGCGGCGCCGCUUCAUGGGAUUCUCCCGGGGCUGCCUCCUGUGCCUGCGGUCUCUCCUAGGCCUUGAAUCCCAGCCAGGUUUCCGUCAGAGGGUCCCUCCGGCGCGGCCGCUCCCGGGCGCUUUGUAUCGCUUGCCGCCCCUGCGUGGCCGUGGGAGCGAGUGGGGGCUCCGGAAAGUCGGGGCUUCCCGGGACCGCCUGCUCCGUCUCAGCUGGGGCUGGGGCGCUGUGAAGUUCGGGAGGCGUCGGGACGAGGCUUUUGGGCGAUGGUGCUGACGACCCAGUCUGGCAGCGGGAGUUGUAGGGGAAAGGGCCCCCGUGAGCAGCGGGGCUCGUCUCUUUUCACCCGGUUCGUGGCUUGGCCGGUGCCUCAGUGCGUGUGCGGCAGCUCGCCAGGCUGCACAAAGGAACAGCCGGCCGGGUUCGGCCCGUCCUGCAGGCGCAGGAGGUAUGGAUGAGCAACAGCGUGCGGGGCGGGGGCUGCGGUGGGCCCGGGCAGCAUCGCCCCGCUCCGUGCUCCGUCGGGCACGAAGGGUUAAAAUUCAGCUCCCGUUCGGAGUGCCCUUAACUCCUUUUAUUGCGUUCGUGGAGAUGAACAGUCUUCAAGAAUGAAAUUAUGUAUCCCUCCCAGUAGAGUUAAUGUCUUGCAAGCAGCUCUGAUCUACAACUCCUUCGGUCCAGUAAAUUUAUAUAACCUGCUUAUUAAUGGUUUAUGAAAUGAUAAGGAAGCUUUUCUGUGUGCUGCUGUGUUUUCUGUGUUGUUGUCAAUAUUUCCUAAUUCAGCUGUCCGGAGUAGGAGAAGCUUAUAGCUGUUAACAAUGUAUAUUUCUACCAUUUAAGGGAUUUUGUUUUGCUCUCGUUUUGUAUUUUUGAUCAUUCUACAUCUCGAGAUAGGCUCCUGAAUGAGGAGAGUGAAUAAAAUGGAAGGCACAGUCAUUCUCUUUGGCUACAGUAAUACUCUAGGUAUGACUUGUAACAAAAAAUGUAAAUAUUUAAAUGGAUUUCUGACUCAGUUCUAUUUGACUUAUUGAUCUAUGGUUACUGCUAAAAUGGUCUUUAUGAUUAUGCAGAAGUUAAUAGUUACCAUAGAGAAAGAGAUUGUUUUUCUGUUCAUCAGUGACUGUUUUCCAUUUCUUCAUCUCUUGGCAAUUGUCUGUGGAAGUGCUGUUUUUUUCUCUUAGCAAAAAUCUUACAGAAGAAAUAAGAAUGUGAGCGAAGUCCAAAACAAUGAAUUUCAGAUGUGUUCAGCCUUGCCUGUGAUUCUUGGUACCCUGAGUUAUCCUACAGUAAAAGCUUUUAAAUCUCUAAUUGCAUAUAGUGUUGGUUUUAAGCCUCGGUGAAAAUUCAGAUCUACAGGACUCUAAACCUAACACAUAAAAGAUUUUUUUUCCCUAAAGUAUACAUGUGAAAUGCAAUUCAAAUGAACCAUUUAAAUCCCUACUAGCAGAAAAUCUAUUUUUCAUCCUGGGAAUUACUUUCCUGCAUUUAUUAUUUAGCUAAAAUGUGUGGAAACUGAAGGCGCAUGUAAACUACACAGAGUAGACAAGUUUGUUUAUCUUCUCACGUAGUGUUGUGAAACCUUCUGAUUUUUUGUUAGUAGUUUGACAGCAUUAUGCAUUUGGGAAGAAAAAAACCUAAACCAACAAGCCACAUUGGGCUCUUAAAACUUGCCAGACUUUUAAGUCUCACAUUUUGUAGUUUGAUAGAGUUGCUUCGUGUCGGAAUGAUCUGCAAGUAAUUUUCUUUCCUACCAUAAUGGAUAUGAUGGGAUAAAAACUUUCUGAAAUGGUAGUGGAAGUCUUUGCAAAAAUUGCUUCCUUCCCCAGGAAUAGAAGCUAUUGGGAAAAACAUUUUAUAAUAGAUUUUUUAUUGUGUGUUUGUGAGUGCCUAUUACAGCACUGUGAAAUAUGUCUUGAAUUCUGCCUAUAGUUGGUUUUAUUCCACUAGUAAUAUUGAUGGAACUACAUAGCAUUGGAGAAAAAAAUUGCUCUAAUGCUAUAGAAAUUUAAUCUUUGGUACUCUAGAAAAGAUUUUUUUACAGAAACUGUCAAGUGAGAGAUUGUCAGCCUGAGCUGGUCUAAUUGAUGAGUUUGGAGUUGUACCCUACUUAGUGUGUUCCUCUACUUGUCUGACAUUCUGCUGACUUUGUUGUUUUCUUUAGGGGAGGGGUCGAAGUUUACUUAUAUUUUUAUUUGCUUUGCCAGCUUAUCAAGCAAGCUUGUUUUAAACUAAUGUGAAAUUUUGUCCUUAGUCUUGUUUUUGGAGUUUGCUUUGAUCAGUGAACAUAUAUUAAAAUUACAGAUUUCUUGUUAAGUCUCAAUUGAUCUCAAAAUAUUAAGAAGUGAAAUUGGAGCAUAUUGCCUUUCUUUUCCUGCAGAAUACCAAGCAUAAAUUCAAUCAAGCUAAGACUUAACAUGUCCUCUACAGUCAUAUUAUUGAAUUACCACCAGAGCAGCUUUGAUUUUUCUGCUGAUGCUUUCACCAAAAGGAUCUGUUUUCCCCUGUUAGUCUUUCUUUGCUGAUCCAGCUGAAAACGGCUGUACAGAAAAAUGUUAAGCUUCAGUUGGAUCAACUGUCUGAACUGACUUCGUGGCUAUACAAAUGUUAUUGCUUGCAUAGGAGGAGAGGAGUCUGUGACCACUCUUUGCUGAAGCAGCUCAAUUUUAGUUUUACCUAAUAGUUCUGCCUUGUCAAUAGACUUGGCAGCUUAAACUGAAGCUCUGGUGGUUGUGUCUCCUUCUUGACUGCGCCUCUUCAGCUGCUGGCAAGGAGGCCUUUGUAGCUGUGAGUUAAGUGAAGUCAGGGAGUUAAUCAGGUCAUUAAUUGCUUUUUUUGUUUUGUUGAAUUUUGGCUGGAUCAUGUAUCUGAACUGGCUGAUCAUCCAGGUCGUGGGGUGGAAAUGGAACUUAGGUUGAAGUGGGGCUGGAGAUUGGUAGCUCUGAUUGAAAUUUCUUUGAGCUUUUCUGGAACCAUACAUUUCCAUCAGCAUGACCUGGGUUAACAAGGGCCUAUAGCAAACUGUUUCAAGCUGGCUUGGCAGGUAAAAAUCACAGUACAUUGGAGAAUGUUGUUCCAUUUCUCUCAGCUGGCAUGUUGAUGUGGGUGGCAACAGUAAUGAGCAGAGGAUGCGGAACUAGGGAUGUGCUCAGCACAGCAACCUCAGACUGACACAGCUGUAUCUGGAAGGGGAUUUGUUCUCAUCCUAAGGAUGGGAUCCAUCAAAUGCUUAUUUUGAACUCAUGUUCUUUAUGCUGUAUAGUUAAAACAGAUGUUGCAUCAGAAAGAACAAAAUUUUAAUAAUAAGCAAGAUCAGGAAGACUCUUCUGUUCUGCUGUGCAGGAUGUGGUUUUUGUCGUUGUUUUGUGGGUUUUGUUUUGUUUUUUUUUUUUCUUGUUUCUUUUCCUUCAUUUUUAUUGAGCAAGACUUGCAACUGGCAGAUACCAGUUUGGAUGUAUAAAUGGCAUCAUGUCAUAUGUAGCUGCAGUUAGACAUUCAUCCAGACCCCUUUGAAGCAUGUGGUUAGGAGAUAGCUCUGAAAACAUGAAUUGCUUUGUUUGGCAUUUGUCUUACAUAGUAAUUCUUUGUGGAAUCCUGGUGUUCUGGAAUAGUGAUUACCAGAUGUGAUGGCUUAAAGAUGUUUCUGUACGGUAAUUUCUGUUUCCGCAGAGGUGUGACUGAAAGUGUGUCAGGACAAAUUCAUUUGUGCGUGAGAAAUUGCUUAAAAGGAAUAUGUAUGCCAAAAUGUAAAGGUGCUCUUGAGGAAAAUAUAAAACCAUUAAUUUCAGAGUCUGGGGAUGUGAAACAGGCUCUUGGCUUCUUUGAGUACUGAGUCUGUAGGAUUUUUGAGAUUUUGCUGGUGGGCUUUGAUACUGAAGCCAGAACCAAAGGUUACCCUUCUAAGUGAAACCAUGGUUUCAAGUACAGUGUAUUAAGACUUGGACCAAACUGUUUGGAAUCUUUUUCUGAUUACCUUUCCUUUUCUGGGAAACAACAAACUGGAACUUCCUGGUGAACUGGAUUAUAAGCAGUACUGUAGGUAUACCUACAGAGAGUUUACCCUUCAGAACUGCUUUCUGUAGGUGUGUACUUGGUCAUUGGCCUGGGCUUGUUCACUGAUCUAAGAGCUGCAAGUGUUACUGAGACUAAGAAAAACAUGUAGUUGGCCAGAACCACUCUUACCGAGUGCUAGCUCUUCUAAGUUUGGAUGUGACCACUCUUUAUCAGUUUAUUUUUCUGGGGCAAAAACUCCAAACAUCAAUGAUCUCUCUUUCCUUUUUUUAAUGUUGUUUCAACUUCAUUAAUGUGAUUCAAGCCUCUGUUGAGGCUCCACUCUCAGUGGUGGACUGAUGUUAGGCUGUUAAAGAAGCUUGUUUCUGAAAUCCACCAGGACUAGAGAUACCUUGGCAUUUCCAAUGCUGUGCAGUUUGCUGAUGGGCACCACUGAGCAUAUAAGAGCCAAAAUCUCCUUGUUUUUCAGUGUGUCGUGUAGUGCAGAGUGGCUCAUAAAUGCUUGGAUCUUUAGUUAGCUGAUAUCUUUGUGUGUUGUCUUAAGAUUUUGAGUGAGGAUAGUAUUUUUUCAAAGGCAUUAAUUCAUCGACUCCUGUAGUAAAAAUCUGUGGAGACAUUUGAAGGAAUUUGUUCCCCAUAUGGAGGAAUGACACAAAUAGAAACUUGGUUCACAAUUAAUAUAGGCUGGGUCUAGAUUUUGUUUAGUAACUAAUGAUAAAAGUGUUGGAUUUAUAUUUUCCCACAGUAUAAGGGAAAAGCAUGUUCCUGCCUUCCAAAUGUGUCUAACAGCAAACUUCUAGUUUUGUUCUUGGGUGGUUUUUUCUGGAACUCAGUAGCACUAGACCAGUUCACAUGAAACAAGAAGCUGAAUACCAUAGCCUCAUGAAACUUAAUUGCUGGUUUUUAAAAAUUUUUCUCUCUAAUAUUUGGUUCUUAUUGAAAUUAAUAAUCUAAAUUCUGUGGGGGGGGAAAAAAGCAGUGGGUACUUUUUGUUACAAAAAAAGUUAUUAAUUUCAUUUGUACAGGUGGCUGUAACUGCAGGACUAUAGAGCUGUCGUGCUUUGAGGGUUGUGGCUUCCUCAUGUCUCAGCAGUGGAUCAGAUGAAUUUUCAACCUUUUCCUGUGCUUUACUGCUAUGCCUUUAGCAUAUACUUUUUUUAAGGCUGGCUAUUUUAUUGUCAGAGUCUGCUUAACAUGGUAUUUCUGCUGACUGUUUUUGAUUUAAAAGAAUGAGAUGUGACACUGUUUUCAAAAAGCCUGUGAGGCUUAAUCUGGUCUAAAAAGUCUGAGAAAGAAUUUACUCAUCAUUAGUGUGGUACUACUCAAGGCUUAGUGCUUUGGGCUGGGCUGGGGUUCCUGUGCAGUUUCUUUCUUGUAGUUCUGAUCAGUGCAGAGUCUGUGUUUAUGUUGAGUCAUCGCAUUUCAGGUUGAAAUGUACAUCACCUGUGCAUCAAAUUCCCUAAUUCAGUCUGACAAUCUGAGUAUGAGAAUUAGAUUGUCUAGUUUAAAGUCUUACAUAAACCAGAGUUUAUAGGAUUCAGUGACUGUGAUGUUGGUUUUGCUUUUUGUAUUUUAGCACAUACCUACUGAUAGAAACCCCAAAAAAGCCACUCUUUCCUUCCCCUCCAGUCCUCCCAGUUGAAUGAUUAAUAAACUAGUUAAUAGUUAUGAUUAUUUGUGUGCUCUUAUAUUAAUGAACCUUGAACAUUAUCAGAGCUUAAUAUUGAUGUCCAAUUUUGCUUGUGUCUAUAAAGUUUGGUAUUUCUGUGUAGUUUUCAGUGUCUAUGUGAGAAGCAUCUUUUAUGUAAUGUGUUCUUUCUUUAACUGGAUUUGCACAGGGUGGCUUUGAAAGAGUGUCACGACAUUUGUAUGCAUAUUUAUUUGCACAUGAGGAUUGCUUCCUCGUUAUUUAAAUGACAUGAAUUUGUCAGAGGCCAUUUGCUGGUUUAAAGUGCCUCUUAACUGUGCCAUCUUUGAGCAACUGGGCAUUCCUGUGUGUUCUCUUAGCUUUGUAGCAGAGAGCCAGCCUCCUGCGAGGGAAUGAAGGACUGCAAUUCAGUUGGCCUGUAUCUUUUUGAUAGGAUGUUUUCUGAAAGUGUCUGUAAAAUAGUUGUGUUUGUAACAACCUUUUUGUAGCUGACUUUAUAUAUAAAAUCUAAGCUAUGGUUUGGAUUUGCUGUGUGCAACUGGCAAAUAGAAGACAGUCACUGAAUGCUUUGUCAAACUCUCUGCAUGUGCUAUGGAUAGGUGUAUCAUGCUAAUAUUAAUGUGGAUUGUUUAUAAUUGUAAAAUUUGCUUGGCCUACACUCUAACAGCCAAAAUACAUGAAUAUUUCUCUGCUGUCAGGUGGGGUGGGGUACACCCCUUUAAGCAGGUAUGUGCUUAGUACUAUCUAAAAGUUUUCCUUGUUCUUAGAAGUAUGGAAUUUAUAUCUCAGACAUGACUUUUAUUGACCUAUAUGACAUAAUAUAGAUUCAUGUCCAUUAUCUCACAUUUUAAAUACAGUCCCAUACUUAAAUUUUAUUUUCAGUUGCAAUAAGUUAUUCUCUGCACAGUUAACUCUUACUUUGAACAUAAUUUAUUUUGUCUGUUAGAGUUUGUUCUCAAAGUAGUCAGUCUUAUCCAUGGUGUUCAGCAUCUUGUCUGUGCACAGACCAGGAACAUAACUGUUCACUAGAAAAGGCAACGUGGUUUCUCUGCCUACAGUAUUUGUUGACUUAAGGAUGAGGACCCAAUUCUGAAAAUCAUACAGUGUAAAGAAUAUUUAUCAUUCAAGCAGAGAAAAAAAAAUCAGCUCUACCAUAUACUAAUUUAAGUACCUUUAAAUUAUUAUUCUAGUACUGUAGACUUAGUUCUUCCUUUCUUCUGAGGCGGGCAGUGCUGAGGUAGGAAUACAGAUGCACCAAAAAUAGUGAGGUCAUGUGAACUGCAGAAAUUUUAUUCUUGAUUUGGAAGUCCAAGUGAGGAUAAAGUAGGAGAUUAUAAUAAUAAUAAUUUUUGAGGAAAUCCAGGAUGAAAAUCUUUCUGAUUCUAUCUUGAUUUCCUUAUUGCUCAUUUUUCUGCUUUAAUUUCUUAAUAAUAUACUGCAGUGUUUUGCUAUGAAUGAGUAUCAUAACUUGGUUGGGGAAAAAAAAGUUUUCCACAAAAUGGCUUGCCUUCUUCUGUUGCAUAUUUUCUUUCACUUGCAGGGAUUUGGUUGAUUUGAUAGUGUAUUGCUCUCUUUCCUCUCCUGCAUUUCAGGCAAAAAAAUUUUUUAAAAAUGUUUUUUAAAAAAUUAUGUAUUCAGAGGUAAGAAACUUUUUUGGAAUGUGAUGUGUCCUGGAAUUUUCUGAGAUGCUGGGUCAUGACUUAUCUCCAGUCGUGCCUGAUUACAGCUAAACUUCCUGCACUUCUGAAUUGCAGUUCAAUGUCCCCGGACUGUUUGAUUGUAUAUUCCUUUCUUGAAUUGAAUAAAUGAUUUCCUUUUUCCAGGUUUGUUUUCAGCAGGAUCAGCCCCUGUUUUCACUUCUGCAAGCACCCUGGAGCUUUGGGUCAGGGAGGACAAACAGAGGGGGUGUGCUGUUGCUAAAAGGAAGUGACAUGGAUCUGGUGCAUACAGCUAAUGUAACCAUGAUGUAGUACAUUUUUGGAAUGGUCCUGUCUAUCUGCCUCCCUCACCCUCCAAAGAUCCCACCUGAGAUGAAGAUUAUGCAUUCAGGAGCUCUUCUCUGGAGUUUCCUCUAGAUGCAUCAGUGAUUUCUGUGGCACAGGUAGUGAUGGCUCUGUCCUUUUUCAGUAGAGAAGCUUCUGUAGGUGUGAUUCUGUGAGUUGUAAACUGCCUGAUCAUCUUGUUACAGAGAUGGGAGCAUAUCUCAGCUCCAUGAGUGACAGGACAUCUCCAGGUACUGUCACAUUGUUUUGUUGUCUGCUUCUAGCAGAUACCAAGAUUUUCUUUAAACCAACUGGGUCCUACUCACUGCCUUGGCUCUGGCUCCUCACAUAGUGUGUUACAGUCUAGCCACCCGAAUUAGUUCUAUCCCCUUCCAUAAUGGCCCUAGAAGUUGGGGUUUCUGCAAGUAAAGGCUGUGCAGCCAUCUGAGCACAAGUAAAGAGGGGUAACUAAAUGCAUGUCUUUAUUUUUCAUGGCAUUAGAUCAAGUGAGAAAUGGAACUGACUGGUGUGGGCAGAGUGUAGGCAAAUGCUAAAAUGAUUAAUGUGGUGAUCGAGAAGACACAGCUUAUCUUGCUAAUGUUACCUUAGGGAAAAGAAGAGUAGUCCCAAAAUCUUCCUUCCUUCAGAUUUUCUACAAAGAAUGGGAAAAAUUUCUCUUACAGAGGACUUUUUUUUUUUGUUCCCCUUCACACAUUGUCUCUGGCUCCAGUUACAUUUAGAAAUAAACAAACAUGCUUGCUUCAAUCUUAGGUGGCUUUUACACUGGAAAUGAUUGCUUAUUGUUCAGCUCACUGUUUCAGUGUUUAGUCUAGGUAAAUGCUGCAUGAGCUUCUUCUCCUCUUUUAGAAAGAAUCUUUCAGCUUUCUAAUAUGCAUCUUUGCUGUGAAACACAUCACAUCUAUAAAAACGGAUCAGUUGCAGCUGAAAUAGCUGCUAUCAUGAAAUACCUGAUGAUGUGUUGACUCAUCUAUGAGAGAUGACACUGUAUCCAGUCUAGUUCUUUACAGAGAUACCAGAUCAAUCUGCUGUGAGUUGUCCCAGUUUCUUCAGUGGAAAGGGACUGGCAUCUGCCAGUCUUGCAUUAUAUCAUGCUCAAAGCGUGAGGACUGCUGUUCUUUGGUAGGUGUAAAAUGUCAUAUUUUGAAAUUUACGUUAGACUUAAUUCCAUCUUCCAUCCAGGAUUUGAUUUCAGGUACACUUCGGGGCAUAGAUAAUGCCUGCAGCUCAUGACCAAAAAUUGUGGUUUUACACUGUACUUUUCCUUGGUUUUCCAUGUGGUGCAGGCAUGUAUGGCUGUUAGGGCUCUAAACAAUACUGGCUUAAAGCUGUAGGCCUAAUUUUUGGGAUAAUCUCAUUUCAUAAAGUUGGGGAUGGCACUGGUGUGAAGUACUCUGGGAAUUGCUUCUCUGCACAUGUUUACAUGGAACUGUGAACAGCCUUCCUACUCAGGAUUUUAGAAGCCCUUGAGAUCUAAGCAAUGAGGGUGUUGAAUUCUGGUAAUUCUUAGCUCUUGGUGCUUUCAGGCACCUCAUUGUUAUUGAAGACAGUGGUUAGUUUAGGGAUGUAGCAAGGAUGGUCUUGGGGAUUUUUUUGGGUUUUUUUCCCAGAAACACCACAUUCAGUGUUUUCAUCUUUUAAAAACAAACACAGUUUGUCUGAUGUGUUAGGUGUCAGUAAUGAGUUUGUAUUUAGCUUCAACCUGCUGUUAAACAGGUAAUGUUCUCCUAGUAAUCCUGGUAUGGAGUGUGUGGAGGCCAAUCUCAUUUAUGUGUAGGUGUUAAAGUGAGCUGCAUUACUGUAUUAAAUUAGGCAUAGCAUAAUUCUCUGCUUACUUUGGGGACUUCAUUAUCUGCUGUUUUAAAUUUGGAACUGGGUUAUAGAGGUUCCUGGGUUUAAUCCUAAUUCUUUCAUGCAAUUUAGAAGUUGUUUUUAUUUUUCUGAAGAUAGGAAACUGUGUCCCCAUGUCCUCAUCAGAGGCCUUUAGUCCCAAUAACAUUUGUAAAGAACUUAACCAAGAGAACUGUCAUUAAUACAUAUUAUUUCUGACAGUAUAGAUAUUAUAAUUUCCUAUAGGAGUUGAGAUCAUUUAAGUUCACAUGCAUGGAAAAUGUGUUAGAUGAUUACUAUUUAGAUUGUAACAUAUUUCAUUACUCUCAGUCUUGUCCAGAGCAAAAUUAGGGAGGUUUUUCACAUCAACUUAAGAUUUUUAUGACUCAUCUGUUUGGGUAUAGAAAUAUCACUUGUCUUUCAUCUGAAGGGUGAUCAGAGUAGUUUAACAUGCAUAAAAUUCACCUUUACUCUAUAGUAAGCCUAGAUCACUAUAUAGUGGUCUUAAAGGAAGGAGUAGAACAUUUCUUCUGAGACUAAUGGAACAUUUGAAUAUCAGAAAUUCAGAUCAUCAGAAAGGGGAAGAGGCAGGGCAGUAGCAGAUUGUGUGGUUUUGUGAAAUCAGUGAAGUAAAUCCAAUGUGAAGGACUUGGUCUAAAUAGAAUUGUUGUGGUACACAGGAAAUAAAAGAUGUUGAAGAAAAUUGCAAAUUCAUUGAUAAUUUUGCAAAUUAAAAUGGUUCAUGGUGCAGCACAGAUUCAUUGAGAAGGAAGGUGGAUCAUGGAUUCUCUGCUGUUUUGUUUUCCUUUUAUUUUUCAGUUCUCCGUAAUCUCUUUCCAUAGAAACUUCAAGGUAAAAGAUGCAGGUUCUAGUAGUAGAAAUGGAGACUUGGGAGAUCUGGCUUAAUUGUUAUUUUGUUCUACAGAUGUAUUCAGUGAUUGGUUAUUUGUGGUUAAAUCCAGAAGACUUAAAUAUUUCCAUAUUAACGUUUAGGUUCUUGUCAUGCCAAACUCCAAGUGAAUCAUGUUUUAGUUCUCCUGUGCAUGUUGGAAAGUUAGAAAUGGAAGAAUCUCAUUGAAAUGAAAGGGUAUUUACUGCUUAGUGUAGAAAAUAAGACACAGAGUCUAGACUCAAGCCCUCUUACUUUCUAGCCUAUAGCCCUUGGGAUUUAUAGUUGUAUGCCUCUUUGGAAGUUCAAAACGUUUCUGUGGUUAAGGGGUCAUUCCUUCUAGCACAUGUCUGAUAGAUGUGCCUCUAACAGGGUUAUGACAUUCACAGAAACAGACAAAGGUAUGAGCUGCUAGCUCAAACAUGUGUUUCCUGGGCCUGUCCUGUUCACUAACAAGUGGUUUUGAUCCUGGCACUGACACUAGUGGGGAUGUCUAAGGAUGACCCAGGAUAUCUCAUGAGUUCUUAACCUGACUGCUGCCACUGGAAGAGCUGUUCUCACUGUCCAUUGUGUACUUCUGCUGUGCCUUUUGUAUUUGACUUUCUCAUAAAUCAUAAUCAUUCAAUGAAAACAGCACAAGGUAUUUUCUACUGCUGUGGUGAGCUGGAUUGUCUCCAAGUGGUCUGGCAAAUGCUGUCUAAGCAAGAAUGGGAACUAGGGGGAGUGCUGGGUGGUUGGGCUGGCAUAGCCACCUCCUGCAAACUGCUUUGAAAUGUGAGUCAUAAGUUACGUUCUCCAGUGCGGGGAAUAGAGAAAAUAGUUUACAGAUAGUUUAACCUAGCUCAGUUUCCAUCUGGAAGUAGGAUGCUGAUGAUUUUUGAGCAAAGGAAGUUGUUUGUGUGUUUUGAGAAGGCAGGUUCACAAAGUAGUUAACAAAAAAGGAGCUACCCUUGAAAAAGUACAGUGUUUCAACUUUUUUUUUUUUGAGGGAAAAGUGUUUAAUAGCAUCACUUUGAAGGUUGUUCCUUGUUCCAAAAAAAAAGGAAAUAAAGGAUGCAGUGGACUAGAGAGUUGGGCCAAGGGCAAGCAUAGCCUUCUAGCCCAGUUGUGAGGGCCCCUUCUCAAGGAAGUGAUAAUGGUGGAAGUAGUGGUUACUGACUUGGGGACUUUUUUCUCCCCUCUUUAGUUUUUCCUUUAAAUGAGGCCUCCUUGGUCAAAUGGCAGUAGGUUUGUGUUAUGUGGGUAGGGGUGAACUGCACAGCCGUGAUUAGAGGGAACAAGUGCUGGGCUUGCAUGAGAACAGGUCCAUUAGAGAAUUUCACUUAAACAGAACCUUGAGCAAUGGCAAAGUUUAGGCUGUGAGAAGAAGGAGAUUAUUACUUGUGGUCCCUUACUGUGCGUUUUCAUCUCACUCCCUUGCUGACUGCUCUUUCUGCCUCUCAGGGGAAGGAAGAAGCAGCUUUUGUCUAUAUAAUCUACCUACAAAACCUUGUUUAUUUCAGGAGCCACCUCUCACAGAGAGCUCUGAGCAUUGAUUUUUUGAGACUGAUAUUUUAAUGGAAAUAAGCGUUUAUAUGUUAGUUUCCAGAAUGUCUUCGUUUAAUCAGCUCUUGCUUUCAGAAAGGCUGCAUUGUACUUCUUCCCUAGAAACCCUGAGGCACCAGGGAGCACAGGUGCAGUCACUUGCCUCAACUGUUCAGUACAACCUGUAGAAUUCCAUCUUUCACUUGUUUAAGAUAUAGAACCAUCUUUUCACUGUAUCUAACAUGUUACAGAUGGUAGCUAUGACAUGGUCACUCCGUUACUGUGUUGUAUGUAAGUGAAGCAUCAAGUCAGUACCUUUAAACAUUAACUUACUUUCUUAGCAAAAAGCUGUAGCAGUACCAGGUACCCACAUCUGGACUGGGAACAUUGUAGCUGAUUAUGUUAGUCUCCAAAGUCUGCCAAGAGUACAGAGUUUUUAGAAAAAAAAAAUUGACUCUCAAUAGCCUUUCUAAAGGCUAAAGUAUAAGUGAGUUUAAUGAAGUUGGAAAAUUCAUCAAUGUUGACCAGUUAUUAGGGAGGUAAACACCUUGUAUUUAUGGAAGAGCUAAAGAAUUUUAGCCAUGAAUGAAAUGCUGCAUGAUUAUAGACUCAGGAAACUUUAUUUGGGUAGGAGGAAGUGUUUUAAUUUCAGUCUGCUCCAGCCAACCUUUCUGUAAUACUCCAUGAUGUUAAAUGCCAAGUAAUGACUGUUUUUAAAAGUGAUUUUGAAGUAAACUUGCAUGUUCCAUAUAAGCUGGGAGAAGAAACUGAAUAUUAAGUACACUUUGAUCUGCUUUUGUGAUAAAGAUGCCUGCUGUGUUUAUUCAGCUAUACUUCCGUGCUUUACCUUUACCACUUCUAUGGAAUUUUCUGACUCUCUUAGUCUAAAUUCUCCUGUUUCUCUAAAGAAUGGUGAUUGAACUUUUCCGUGUGCAGGUCUGACUUUAAAACGGCAGUGAAAUAGCAAGGUUUGAAACACUUUGCUUCCCACUUUUAGUUCUGUGAUGUGGACAUCUGCUCUAGAAAAAUCUUAAUGGGAUUAUGUGUGGUUUGAUUUUAUUAAAAUUAAUUUUGCCCCAAACUUCCCAACAUAACUUGUCAGUUCAGUUUUAUUGUGGAUGCAGAACUGUGUGUGUGGUUAUAACGCCUGUGUGCUUUUGCCAUUUAGACACUGUAAUCUAUUCCUGCUCUUCGUUUUAAAAGCCUCUAAAUUUGAUAGUAUUUGUAAUUUACUAAUGGGAUGUUAGUUGUGCAUAAAUUGUAGUAGGAAUGGUCAAUUGUGAGAUACGAGUGCGUACUUUUCUCCCUACCCCCUUCAUUCUGGUGUAUGACACUAAAUUGACAGCUUACUUGCUGGGGCACAGCUGUGAUUUGACUCUUUUUGCCAAAUUGAGUUGUCAGAUCUCCUGUGUGUUAAUGUUCUAAAGCCAAUCCAAUAAGCUCUGUGUGUGUGUGUUGGACAACUCUUAUUUUUAUGUCUAAAGAAAUGAGGGGUUAUUUGUAUUACAGUGUCUUCAAAAGUGGGUGUUCUGUACUUCAGGAGGAGCGUUUUACAAGUUAUUCUAGUAAUUAAUAAAUCUCUUUGUAUGGACAGGCAUUCAGAUUUUUGAAAUCAGAGGCUUAUCUGUGCUAAGCAAAGCAGAGUCAGGUAUUUUGUCCUUGGUCUGCUGGGGCCUAAGAUCAAAAUUCCUUCUGAAUUGGGCAAGCAACUCUUGCAUUGUUUUCUGAACAUGUUUUCUUUUUGUGUUUUUUUUUGGUUUUUUUUUUUUUUUUUUUACUUCCUUGGUGCCUUCAUCUCUGCGAAAUAGCUUGUACACGGGCACUGAUGUGCUGCUGACAAGUGUCAGAGUCGCCUGCAUGAAAUGAAGUGUGAGACUUGUGCUUAGGUGUGGAGAUAGUUCUACAGAUACAGCUUAAGAAGAGAGCUGCAGAGAAGUCUGAGCCUGAGGAAACCUAUAAAUAGUGGAUGCCUUUGAGCACUAUUUAAUACAAAGGAGAUGUUAGGGUAAUGAAGGUGAUUGAUAAUCCAAGUUACUAGCUGACAACUUCCCUCCUGAAAUGAUUACUUAUGUAACUCAUUUGAUUUUCUUAAAUUAUAUAGUGAGAAAGAAUUGUCUUUGGUGAGUUGCCUUCAGUCUAGCCAGUUUUGUGGUUUAAUUCUGACUAGCCGUUAUUUCAGGUUCUGACUUUGCAAUUGCUCCACUGCAGCUUCCCUAAGAAGAAGCUCUUCACUACAAAUAUGAAUAGGUUUGCUUUAAAGUGAAGAGUUGAACAGAAAUUGAAGUGGGAAAAAGUCUGAGAGUUCAAAGUGAGAAUGCAUAUUAGUGGAAACACUUGUGUGAGGCUUUUGGAGAGCAGCUUUUGUUUGAUUCUGAACUAGUCUGGAUGAAGUCGACCUUUUUGUAAUUGAUAUUUAAAGUGUUUUUUUCUACUUAUUUCAUAAAACUUGAUCAUGAAUAAAAUUAAUUUUCUUCUUGUCAAACCUGGUUUUCCAUUGUUCUUCAAGUGAGAAAGCUUAAAACUUGUAGCAAACUUGAAAGGAUGGAUCUUAGCCUGGAAAGGCACAUUUUCAUACUGAGAAGAUGCAACAACAUUUCCUGCUUCUUUCUGCAUGUGGCAUGCAGGCUCAAAGCAGGCAGAACUUAAGAAGAAGCUUUUACCUGGGUAUGGUUUCCAGUUCUUGUGCCUUUAGAUCAGCACCAUUCUUCUAAAUCCUGAGUGUUUUCAGGAGGGCUUUGCUGCCUGCGGCUGCUGUAGCUCCAAGAUCAGGUUCUGGUUUCAGAGCAAUUGCUAACCUACAGGCUGACUGAAUUGUGCAAGGGAAGAGCUUCCUUCAGAAGUCCUGGAGAAGUCAGUGCACAGUUAUUUUCCAUUGAGGUGGCUUGUUUUAUUAGCAUGGAGAUAAUGGUGUCUGCACCUAGGAAUUACUCAGACCAUGAGCAAAGGUAUGGAUUGCUUUAAAACUCUUGCAGUUCAAGGCAGGUUCUGCCUCAUGGCUCUCAGUCCCACGCUGCUUUAGUGAAAGCAACGCAGAUCCUGGGUGAGGCAGGUGUAGAACAAGCCUUUUCUUCCUCCCACGGUCUUAUUUUAGGUUUGAUCUUCUCUUUUUUUUUCCCCCUUCAUUUUCAGGGGUUAAAGAAUACAGUAGUUCCUGAAGACAAAAAGGGUGUGUUCAAAAGAUACUUCAAGGAGAGAAAAAUAAAUAUAAGAAAUGAAGUAAUUAGAGGUUUUAAGUACAUGGGGAGGACUAUCUAUUUAAAUAAAGGUGAUUUGCAAAGCUUCUGUCUCUUUUGUAGGUUUGUUUAGGUGGUUUUUUUCAAUGGAUUCUGGAGCCACAACAUCUACUAUGAUUCUUUUAAAAUCAAUUCUGGAUACAAAAGUAAGGAAGGGAUCUCACAGUUAUGACAAGUCACAAGUCUGUAAUUUCGUUUUGCAAUUAGUUCAGUUAUGCCAACUGAAGCUUUUAAUGCUUACAAGUUCAGUACUGUUCAUUAUUAAUAUACCAAUUAGAAUUUGUGUUAAAACAGCUAAAUGCACAGAAAUCCUCAGUCACUGGCUUUACUGAGAGUGAAGAUAUAUCCACUGAAGCAGACAACUUAAUUCUUAAAUGCUGGGUAAGAUGGAACAUAACUAUGACUGAAAAUGGAUAAUAUUUUUCAACUAAAAGAACUUAAAAUAUGAAGACUUGUCUCUAGGAAUCCUUCCUCUAUAGGCAGCUUCAUCCUGGUUGCUAAGAGAGAAUCUUGGGUCAAUUGGUAGCAGUAGACAUGGAAAAAUGGCCAUUUCCAGUUUGUCUCCCGAGCCUCAGCUCUACAGGAGUGAUGGCAGUGUGAACCACAUGGGCCUACUGACCAUUCCUAGAGGGUAUUUGGUGUUUCUGUUCUGACUAUAGGAGGCUGAAAGCAAGCUGAUGCUGCCCAAAAAGUGUGUUAGAAGCACUAAGAAAGAGUUAGCCUUUUAGCAACUGGUAACAUCAGCUUUUAAGAAAAGGGCUUGCUUUUUGGAUGAGUAAGAUGAUUUUAGAAGUCAUUGUCUUAGAACUGCUACCCAACAAACAUGAAGUCUUCAUCUUUAGAGAAGCUUUGUAUUAGUCUUCUGCAUUAUUCUUAGUAUAGCUUUCAGUCACAAAAUGGAACUUAAAAACAAUACCUAUAUAGUGAAGUGAAUAUAUAUGUCUGGAGACUGGCUAAUGUGCUGGUACUGAAGCAGUUUGGUAUUUGGUAUCCUUAUAUCUGGCACUCUUGGAAAAAGAAAUUCUGCAGACAGUAAAUUUAUCAGUAGAAUUUGAGUCUAAAACAUGCAGACUUGGAAAGUAGGUUUUCCUUUUGGAGUAACUGAUUGUGAAAGCAGUUUGUCCUUCACAGGAAGGUAAUCUGUACAGGUAGCCAGGACACACUGGACAAGAAAGGUGGGGAAAGUGGUUGCAUUUAUUCGUGAUUGCUUCUGUUGUGCUCUCAAACUUGAGGACAGCUGAGAGACUUCAGGACAGAAAAGGCUGAAUUUCUCAUGUUUCCUUCACUUUGUUAAAUUGGGUGUUUUUAAAAAUGUAUAUUCAAAUGAAGUAGGACUAAGAUAAGGUCUAGUAAUUGUUAACAAUUAAAAGUACUAAGUUCCAGUCACAUACAAGUGUUCUCUUACAUCUGCAUUAAAGCAAUCUUGUCUGUUUCCUUCUUUAGUUGUUUGAAUGAAGGCAGACAUCAAUUUCUUUGAAACUCUCAGUAUAAUGGAUCAAGUGCUGGAAAGAUUUGCUUUAAUAACUGGGGGAGAAUGUUGCCAAAAUCCAAAGGGAAUUGUGAAAUGCAGUUUGGUAAUCAGUGCAAUGUGUUUUAGAUUUAGUCCCUGAAGUCUGCCUAGAAGAAAAACUAUGGUAUUAGGGAAAGCUGUUGGCGUUAAUAAAGUCACAAACUAGAAAAGGAAAGACAGACUUAAUUUACCAUUUACCAUUUGACUCCCAAAAGUGUAUGUAGCUGUACUGAAAAAAUUGCUUUCAUUGGCAAGACUGCAGUUUACCUUCUCUCAAUGGAUUGUGUUACUAUACCUUAAUUAUACUUGACCACGAAGUUCCAAGUGGAAGAGAUUUUGUCAACACUGAAAAAUUGUAAAAAGCCUUUUUAAAAAAAAUAAUUUAUGUCCUAUCAAUGAUAUUGUUGGUGCAGAUGGAGUAAAAGGCUGAACUUGCAAGCUCUAGGUUGUACUUUCUGAAAAGAUCAGCUACAGGUUGCUGUUAGCUCAGUCCUGCUAGGUUGAACCAUUAGUGGCUGCCAUAGUUUGAAGCACUUCCCAGAGUGGUUCCAGUGCUGGGGAGUUGGUGUGGGGCUGGUGCUGCACCCAGGCUGACUACAAGGAAGAGGCAGGGUGUGAGGUAGCUCUGUAGCUGCCUGGCUUUGAGAUGUGGACCUGGGAUGGUUCUACUUGGGUGGGUCCCAGGCCUUUACCUUGGAUAAUGAGAGUUUGUCUCUGUGUAUUGAUUCAGUCUGCAAACAGUGGGGCUGUACAAAAUUGGGUCCCAAGUUUAGACUUGUCCACUUUUAGACAGUGUAGCUGCUGUAACUUUUUUCCUGUCUCUGGAGGAAAAGAAAACCCACCCCAAAUUCACCUUGUGGUAUCUCUUCUUCAUCCCAAUAGUUAGAAGAAUAAUAUUUCUUUAUCAGCAGGACACACCUUUCGUUCCCAUAGCUCUAUAAAGCCCAGUAGUGUGGAAUAUAUUUUAGCACAUCUCUAAAUUGAUCUGUUUCAAGUAUACUCUGAGUAACUAAAAAAAAAAAAAGGGACAAAAAUCCAAAACAGCAGCAAAGAUAAAUGCUUAGACUUUUGGUGAAGAGUAUCUUAGCCUAGGGUUUGAGUCACAGGCAGAGUUCUGUUUAAAUUAGUGUAGGAUCUGGAAUACUAUUCUGUUAAAAUAUUGUCCCAACUGAGCCCCUUCUUUGUAGGUUGUUAUUCAGCUUAGAGGACAGGUACUGAGCUAGCUACAUUUGGCCUUUUCUUGUGCACACCCCAAGUGUUAGCCUUUAUGAAAUUCCUUGUCCAGAUAGUAAAGUACAGAGUUCCCUCUGAUACCCUGUUGAGUACAUGGGCUUAUGUAAGCAGUCCAAGUGUGUUUGGGUAGGUGUCAUUAAUGAACUUGAAAUUUUUGUCUAACUCUUGUUUUCUCUAAGCACUUCUUAAAAAGUGUUCUUCUCUUUAGAUAAUGCAUGUUAGCUUACAUAAAAGCAUACCAAGGUGAGCUCAUUGAGCUUAGAGGCAUUAGGGACUGGUAUCUCUCUCUCGGCCUGUCUCUCCAUGUGCUCACCACCCCAGCAGCUCCCCUUUUUUAUGAGAGAGAAGGGUGUCAGCUGUCAAAUGCAACCAGUCUUGUCUCUGGCAUGCAGAUAUCCAUUCUCUCCAUGUUUACCUCUUGAUAUUUAGGCAAGGCUUACAUUGAGAAUCCCUUUUCUUAUUUUGCUUGUUUUUUUCCUUUGGUGCACCAUUUUGAACUACACCAAUGUAGGGUAAUGUAAAUCUUCUACUAGGUCAAAUGAUUUUAUAGUUGGAAAUUAGAUGCAAUACAAUUUCACCUUAAGUAGCAAGUCUGCGUUUUAUUUGAACUGUAGUUUACUCUGUAAAUCAUGCUUUACAUUUUUUCAAAACUUCAAAUGUUGGAUUCUCCUCAUACUCCUUGGCAAAUUAUUCCAGUAUCUAAGAAUAAGCUACAAAUGUUCAUCUAAUAUCAAAUGCCAGGUACUUUAUCUAGCAGGAAAAAAACAAAAGAUGAAAAGAAGUUUGAAGUCUUUGUCAUUUAGAUUAUGACCUAGUUGUUGCUUUAUUUUCUAUUCCAGAAGUCAGUUAAGCAAAAUAUAAGAACUCAGUUUUCAUGUACGUGUGGGAGUGGGAUGAGUUUCUAUUAAAAUAUGGGCUGAACUGUAUACCUGAACUGUAGGUACCAGUUGGGGAUGAAGGAGACCUGUCAAUGGGCUUUCCCUGCCUGUGUGUUGCAUGGUUAUUUAUUGUCUCUUGCAGCAUUAAAUACUCACCUUGUCCUCACUUUCUUACCAGCAUAAUUAGAAUUCAUGCUAGUCUCUAGUUUAGCCUAUAUUCUUUUUCGUGGGUACAUGAUCUUAUAUUUGACUUGUCAUAAUUCAUAUUGAAAUAAUUUUACUGUUGAAAGGACUUUGUCACCAUAACUAGUCCUUUAUUGCUACCUCUGAAUUUGUCAGUUUCUGAUACUGGCUGAUUAUGCUGUUGAAUAUUCUUUGCAGACAUAAGUGCAAUACAAGAAGUAUUAAGCAUAAUACUAAUCUCUGCUGGACACAAAUAGAAAAUAGAAGCAUCAUCUUCUUCACCAUGUGGACUUCUGUUAACCUGUUAAUCCAAUUAAUUGAUCACAUAGGACGUGAAAAUCUGAGAGAUGAACAAACUACGGCAAAGCUUUAGGAGAAAGAAAGAUGUCUAUGUCCCAGAGGCCAGCAGGCCCCAUCAGUGGCAGACUGAUGAAGAAGGUGUUCGUACUGGCAAGUGUAGCUUUCCUGUUAAGUACUUGGGACACGUCGAGGUGGACGAAUCCAGAGGAAUGCAUAUCUGUGAAGAUGCUGUGAAGAGGCUGAAAUCUCUACCUACAGUAAUAGCGCUCGACUUGUCCCCCCUGUUCCUCCAGGAAAGGAAGUUCUUCAAAGGCUUCUUUGGAAAAUCUGGGAAGAAAGCCGUCAAAGCAGUCCUGUGGGUUUCAGCGGAUGGACUCCGAGUUGUAGAUGAGAAAACAAAGGAUCUUAUAGUUGAUCAGACAAUAGAGAAGGUUUCUUUCUGCGCACCAGACAGGAACUUUGACCGGGCGUUCUCAUACAUCUGCCGAGAUGGCACAACAAGGCGCUGGAUCUGCCACUGCUUUAUGGCUGUGAAGGACACGGGGGAAAGGUUGAGUCACGCCGUGGGCUGUGCAUUUGCAGCGUGCCUGGAGCGAAAGCAGAAGCGAGAGAAGGAGUGUGGAGUGACUGCCACCUUUGAUGCCAGCAGAACCACAUUCACUAGAGAGGGGUCAUUCAGGGUCACUACAGCUACUGAACAAGCAGAGAGAGAGGAAAUUAUGAGACAGAUGCCGGAUGCUAAAGCAGUUGAAACAGAAGUGAAAACAGUCGCACCAGGUGCUGCAUCAAACAAUACUGCCCCCUCUUCUGGCUCACCGACCUCUCCUACUGCUGAAGUCGCUGCCUCUGUGGAUAAAGAAACGAGCAACCCCCACGCUAUCCCGCGGCGGCACGCCCCUAUAGAGCAGCUUGCCAGGCAAGGCUCUUUCAGGGGCUUCCCCGCCCUGAGCCAAAAGAUGUCUCCUUUUAAACGCCAGUUGUCUUUGCGAAUAAAUGAGCUGCCUUCAACGGUGCAAAGGAAGACUGAUUUCCCCAUGAAAAACUCAGUCCCAGAGGUAGAAGGGGAAACAGACAGCAUUAGUGCUCUGUGUUCUCAGAUCACCAGUGCUUUCAGCACACCAUCAGAAGAUCCUUUCUCUUCGGCCCCCAUGACAAAACCAGUGACAGUAGUUGCACCACAGUCUCCUGCCUUUCAAGUUAAUGGCACUGCCUCUGCCUUCUGUGUGCUUGCUGCUAAACCAUCCCAAGCUGCUGUAGUGUCCACAGCUAUGCCAGUUCGUGAAACCAAUCCUUGGGCUCAUGCUCCUGCUGCUAAUACUGGAGCUGCGGCCGUGGUCGCUGGCACCGAAUGGAGCAGCACCUCCUCAGGUGCGGCCUCACCGAGUGUCUUCCAAGGAAAUCACAGACGUACUCCCUCAGAGGCAGACCGCUGGUUGGAAGAGGUCUCAAAGACUGUCAGAGCCCAACAGCAGCCAACCUCAGCCCCAGCCCCACAGCCACUGCUCCAGCCUCCUCCAGCAGCUCCAGCCUCCCAGUCAGCACCUGCCUUCCCAGUCAGCACCUUCAUCGCGCCUCAGCCUGUGCCGGUGGGUGUGGUACCACCCAUGCAGCCAGCAUUUAUUCCAGCUCAGCCCUAUGCUGUAGCGAAUGGGAUGACCUAUGCAGCCCCAAGCGUUCCUGUGGUCGGGAUCACACCUUCCCAGAUGGUGGCCAACGUCUUUGGUACUGCCAGCCACACUCCAGCAGCCCACCCGCACCAGUCCCCCAGCCUGGUGAAGCAGCAGUCGGUUCCUCAGUACGACGGCGGCAGCGGCAGCGCCACCGCCAGCCCCUUCUUCCACCCGCCCGCGCAGCACAACGGCUCCGCCGCCUUCAAUGGCGUGGAGGGCGGCAAGUGGGCAGCCGAGGACAGGCACGCGCAGCCCCCCGCACCCGGCCCGCAGCUCGACCCCUUCGAGGCGCAGUGGGCGGCUCUGGAGGGCAAGGCCAAGCAGCGCACCAACCCCUCCCCCACCAACCCCUUCUCCAGUGAUCUACAGAAAACAUUCGAGAUCGAACUCUGAGCCCUCCUGGGGGGGCCGAUAAAUUGUACAUUAGGCUAGAGGGAAAAAGGGAGCGGAGGGGGCUGUUUCUGACCAGUUUGCUUUGAUAAUCCCAGUGGUCCCUUCAAACAAAAAUGGGUUAGAAAGAGGGAGCAAUUUUGGGGAGGAUGGAAACAUACAGAGAAUUUAAUGUGCAGUUCUGAAAAGGAAUCCUGGAGCCACCCCAGUCUGCUUUCCCUCGUCUCUUGGAUAGCUGGAAGUCAAAUGGAGCGAAGGAAGGCACCCAGUCCCAAAGCCUGUUCUGCAGAAACAUCAAUCAUCUCACAGAAAAGAAGGCAGAUAUUUGUACCUGUGUCCUCCUGAUGCCCUGCAAGCCCUGGAUGUUCCCCCUCAGGGAAAAAUUGGGUAGGAUGGGGGGUGGAUAUGGGUGGGAUGUUGUCACCUUAGCAAAAGCUAGGUUUGUGGAAAAAGUUGAGCUUCCAUUUUGAGUAACAAAGUGAAUAUUAUAUGUAAAGAAUAAAGUAAAGCCAAAAUCUUUAUUUUUAUGCAUUUAGAAUAUUUUAAAUAGUUGGAUAUUAAAAGCUGUAUGAGUUGUAAGUAAUCUUGCCAAAGGUUAAAAAACAAGGGGGUUGGAUGUAAGAAAUUGUACAUAAGAUUGAUUUAUUGCUGAUUCUUAUAGUAAGUAAUAUUGGGGGGGUGGAAAAAGGGGCUCUAGCUUGUUCUUGUAUCUGUUCAUUGUAAGUAGCAUAUUGCAACAACAAUCACAACCAAUAAGUCAUUAUAUUGUAGUUUUAAAUAAAGAAAAUUAAAGAACAGUAUUGUCAUGGUUUGAAAACCAUGGGGAGAAUUUACUGUUUUUUAUUGGAAUCAGUCUACAUAUUCUAUAUAGUAUGGAUUUUUUUCCUUUCAUAUAUUGCUGCAGUUUCUUUGUCUUAAUCUAUUGGUUCUAACACUACUGUGACAACUUAAUGUCAACAUAUCUACAUCCUGGGGCUACCUGGGAAACCAUUUUUAUGUUUGUCUGUCAAUAGUUCUUAGAGGUUUUUAACUUUGGUUUUAUUUUUUCCCCACUGAUUUGUGAAACCUUGUGGUUAAGGCUGCAGCUGGUCCAGGUUCUGCCUCUGGUGACUUGUGAAAACCAUCUCAUUUUAACUUUACUUUUAAACUUUGGCCUUACAAGCAAAUGUAAGUUAUAUAUAUUUGUACUGAUGAUUUAUAAUCUGCUUUAACAGAAAUAAAUGUUGGUGGUAGAA